AUGUCGCCACCUGCUUCUGUUGCUGAGGAUAUUUCUCAAGCAUAUCAAGAUGAAGCCGGCAUCGACGACGAAAAUGAUGUUCCCGUGAACAAAAAGACCACUUUCAACGGCAGACUGAACCAAUACUUUCAUGCAUCCAAGAACUUCGCACCGAUAAGAGAGUCGCUGUCAAAGGUUGCCUCAGCGCCGAAUCUCCCAACCGCAACGAUCAAGCGCAAACCCGAGUCUCACUCAGAACCACCCAGUGAUCCAUCCAGCAACGCCUCGACACUUCAACUGCCCAUCAAACGACCACGAACCCUCCGUUCAAGCCGAUCCUCACCCGUAACCACCAGCCUCACACCUCGCAUCACCCGUUCUCGCUCCGCUUCUUCCACCACCUCUCUACCUCCAUCAACGCCCAACUCCCCUCUCACACCGUCCACAACACCCGACGAGACCUCCCGCUCUAGAUCCCGCCGCCGACAACCCUCUACACCAGCUACAUCCUCCACCUGCCUCCUCCGCGACACCAUCCCGCCGAAUCUCACCCUACUCCUGGUCGGCGUAAACCCAGGCAUCAUGACCGGCACCACAGGCUUCGCCUACGCGCACCCCUCCAACCUCUUCUGGAAACUCCUGCACUGGUCCGGCAUCACCCCCAUCCGCCACCCGCCCUCAGACACCUACCGCCUGCCGGAGCUCUACAACAUCGGGAACACGAAUAUCGUCGAGCGUCCAACGCGAGACGCCAGCAUGCUCAGUAAGGCCGAGAUGAACGCGGGUGUCCCCGUCCUCGAGGCCAAGGUCGCGAAGCAGCGGCCCGAGGCGGUCUGUCUCGUGGGCAAGAGUAUCUGGGAGGCUGUGUGGCGGGUGCGCAAGGGGAGACCGAUCCGCAAGGAGGAGUUCCGGUAUGGCUGGCAAGAUGAGGCGGAGAAUAUGGGGCGAUGUGAUGGCCCUGAUGGAUGGGAAGGGGCGCGGGUGUUUGUCGCGACGACGACGAGCGGCCUGGCUGCUGGGAUGAGUAUCGCGGAGAAACAGGCCGUGUGGAACGAAUUGGGGAGCUGGGUUGUCCAGCGCCGUGAGGCUCUUGCGGGCAAGCUGCCUAGCCAAUGA